AUGCACUUCGGCCCAGUUGACCUAGCUAGACCUGGGGACCGAGCUGCUAUGAACACUAGCACUCUCUGUGUGGGACACUCUUGGACCUGGAGUGCUUCCUGCCGGUCGAGCAUUCGAGCACUGCGUGUGCGUUUGGAUUUGAGGGCAAAACCAGUGAAGAGGAAUGCGACAUUCUUUGCACUGCUUCAAUGCCCGUUUUGGGCUUGCCUAGUGCUUGUCCUCCUGUCUUCGAAUUGGCUCACAGACGAACACUUUCGAUUCCAAGCUGCAAGGGAUAGAUCACCGCAGUCGGACUUGGUAGACCACGCAUCCAGCAGACACGGCCACUGUGCAAGUUGUGCAAGAUGUUGUGAUCCCCGUUUGGGCAUCGAAGGCGCCGAGGGGGAGACCCGGGAGGGAGGAGGAGGCCAAGCCUGGAGCAAAGAGCCGUUUCCUCCCGUGCAGGAGUGGGGCCCAUGGGCCGCGGGAAGCCUCGCAGGGAGCGCUUUCGCUUCCGAUAUCAGGGAGGGGGGGAAAGGCAGGAAGGCGAAUGUUCGCGCGAGGAAAAGCCUGAGGCUUGCAGAUUCCGAUGUCGAGGAAGCGGACAUCGAGGCAUUGGCGAGGCAGCGCCGGCAGGGCACUCCAGUGCCUCUGAUGGCAAACGUCCCGCUCGCGUCCAGAUCCAAGCUCAGAGCGGGGGAGUUCAUCCUCGGCGAGGAGCCGAAGCCGACCCAGGAUGAAUCUGCAGAGGUGCAGGACACCGCAAAGCGAGGUGUUUGCCUGGCACCGCUGCUUUUGCAGCGGCUGAGCGAAAUAGAAUACAAGGUGCCCGAGGGUGCGAAGCGCGUCCCUUGGAUCGACACCAUGGCCAUAGAUGGACAGAACAACCUGCCGAAAGGGGUCACUGCCAAAGAUGGCGUGAAACUGGAAAGUGCCUUCCUAGGCAUGGCUGCAGAAGCAGCUGCCGAAGGCUACCGCAGGUUGCGAGUCAUGAAGAUCCCCUGUACGAGACCAAAUGACUUCUAUGCCGAGAUGAUGCGGCCUGACAAGCAGAUGUACCGAGUUCGCCAACAGGCGGCAGAGGAGGAGCGACGAAUCAAGAUUGUCGAAGACAGAAAAAAGCAACAAGCGAGCAAGAAGUUUGCCAAGAAGGCAAAAGCCAAGAAACUGGAAGCCCGGGCGCAGGAGAAGAGGACGUCCCUGGAAGAGAUCGCCAACUGGCGGGCACGGAAGAAGAGCGAAGGAAACAACAAAGACGAUCAGGACUUGGAGGAGAUUCUAAGUCGACAAGGGAAAAAGAGAGACCAAGAUGGGCAGGGCAAAGGCAAGGGCAAGGCCAUGAAGUCGGCCAAGCGCCGCAACCUCGAUGAAAAGUACGGUAGCCGCCAGCACCUGCUAAGUCUCGGCGGCCGUGAGCUGCAAGCCGCGCGAAUGGCCGAGCACGGGAUGGGGGAGAACUUCGAUGAUGCAGAGACCCUGGUGCUGGGUGCGCACCUGGCAGAAGGCGAUGCCGAGGAGGAAGGGAAGGCCGACGUCGUAGCAAAAGUGGAUGAUGGCCUAUUGGACUUGCUCGGAGACGCCUCGGCAGAAGCAACAGAGUCAGCAGACACGGUGCCAGGUGCAACACCUGGUGAGAGUGUUUUGGACAUGGCCGAGGAAGCGAUGCCGUCCUCGGAACCAUCAGACGCUGCGGCGACCGCCGCUGCGGUGACCGCCGCUGCGGUGGCUGCUGCCGCAGCGACCGCCGUUGCGGUGCCUGAAAUUACAGGUGUGAAAAGAGCUGCCACGCAGACUCUGGACUUGAACUUGGACGUAAUGGACACGGACAUGCAAGCAGGUCCCGUGUCCGACGAGCACACAGGGGUGUUGUCGUCGGUGAAUUUUGCCACCGCCACAGACAUUGUGCUGAAGUGCGACUGCUUGUCCGUAGGCAGGGACGAGUCCAACUUCGCGACCUUGACGGAUCCGCGAGUCUCGAGCGAACAGUUUCGAGUCCACCGGAAGACUCUUGGAGCUCCCGGGCCGCCCUGGAGCUACGAACUGGAGGACUGCUCUAGGAACGGUACUCUGGUGAACAAGAAGCUGGUCCGGGGAGUCAGGAUUGCCUUGAAGGAUCAGGAUUUGGUGGAGGUGCUUCCAGCUUCGAAGGUUGGGCAAGCUGCAGCUAUCGCGUUUUUGUUCCAUUCUCCAGAUGCUGAUGUGCCGGAAGGCCCAGCGAAGAAAAAGAUUCGAUUAGAAGGCGACUCAGCCAGCGGCACGGGUGGUGACGCCAUCUUUGAGGGCGCGAUGUGUGCAAUCUGCCAAGAGGUCCACUGCAUCCGACUUCUGUACAGCCAUGCAUGCACAGCUUCUGCAGCUCCUGCCUGGGUGGCUGGUUGA